AUGGACAGGGAAGCCAUGAAAUGUCAGGUUCUGACUGUUUCCAACCACAGCUGUGAGAGUCUGAUUCUUAUUGGAAACACUCUGGAGUGCACCGUUCCCACCGAGCUGAACGCCGCCACUGCCAAGGAGCUGCAGGUGGAGGUACGCAUAGCAGCUAACUUCGUCAUCCACGCCCCACCAGGAGAGUUCAACGAGGUUUUCAAUGAUGUGCGAUUGCUGCUCAACAAUGACAAUCUUCUCAGGGAAGGUGCAGCGCAUGCAUUUGCACAGUACAACUUGGACCAGUUUACCCCGGUGAAAAUCGAUGGCUAUGAAGAACAGGUCUUAAUCACAGAGCAUGGUGACCUCGGAAACGGCCGGGUCCUGGACCCCAAGAACAAGAUCUCGUUCAAGUUCGACCACCUGAGGAAGGAGGCCAGCGACCCUCGGCCCCAUGACGUCGAGGGCUCUCUGGAGGGCUGGAGGAGCGCCGUGGACUCGGCCGUCAGGGCCUACGUAAAGGAGCAUUACCCCAACGGAGUCUGCACCAUUUACGGGAAAACCAUCGACGGACAUCAAACCAUCAUUGUGUGCAUCGAGUGCCAUCAGUUUCAACCAAAAAACUUCUGGAAUGGACGCUGGAGGUCAGAAUGGAAAUUUACAAUCUCUCCCUCCACCACUCAAGUGGCAGGAAUCAUGAAAAUCCAGGUUCAUUACUAUGAGGAUGGCAACGUUCAACUGGUGAGCCACAAAGAGGUCCAGGAGUCCAUGUCAAUUUCUAAUGAGGCUUCCACUGCAAAGGAGUUUGCUAAGAUCAUGGAGGCUGCAGAGAACGACUAUCAAACGGCCAUCAACGAGAAUUACCAGACCAUGUCGGACACUACCUUCAAAGCCUUACGCCGCCAGCUUCCUGUGACACGCACCAAGAUCGAUUGGAACAAGAUCCUGAGCUACAAGAUCGGCAAGGAGAUGCAGAACGCUUAAAAAAAAAAAAGAAGAAAAUACAACAGAAAAAAAAAGAAAACCAACGGAGAACAUAAGACACCCCCACCCUUCCCAAAUCCCUCGCCCCACCCCACCCCAACC